GCCUAAAUGAUUCAUGAUCGGUACGUGACACCAGCAGUAUAAAGCAAAACCGGAAACGUAUUUCUUUUAGCAGACUCACUCAGCCUUUGCGACUCUGUGGCUAAUAUACUAUAACAACUUGACCAUCAGACAAACUCCAACACACACAUAGACACACACCAUAUCUUCUCAUUGGCCGCAGAUUGUCUUUGACAUCAGGUGCUGGCGCGUUGUGCGUAGUGGUGAUCAGAGCUCCACGAGGACAAAACCCUGGUGCGUUGGUGCUGCCGCAGGCAUCUCACUGCUCGACUGCGACAGACUUUGUGAAGGGAUGGCGAACUCCAACAAACACACCGUCGAAAUUGUCCACGUCUACCGGGGAACAUUUAUUCACUCGACCCAGCAAACAGCGCUGGAAGUCCUGGAAGAUGCGCUCCUUGGAGUGGACACAGAGGGGAAGAUUGCUUUCAUCGGGAAAGGCACAGAACUUGAUAGCCUGUCUCAGACCUUUGGAUUCAGUCCAUCUAUAGUCAAUACUCUGGCUCAACAUGAGUUCUUCAUGCCAGGAAUGGUGGACACCCACAUCCAUGCACCACAGUACAGCUUUGCUGGCACGGCCCUGGACAUGCCCUUAAUGCAGUGGCUCAGUACUUACACAUUUCCUGUGGAGUCACGUUUCUCAGACUUGGAGUUUGCCAACAAGGUCUACACUCAAGUAGUGAAAAGGACACUGAGAAACGGAACAACCACUGCAUGUUACUUUGCUACUAUACAUACAGAUGCCUCCCUCCUCUUGGGUCAGAUUGCAAAUGUUUUUGGACAGCGUGCCUUGGUGGGCAAGGUGUGCAUGGACCUGAACAAUUCUGUGGCACAUUACAAAGAGACCAUUCAGGAGUCUCAAGAUGAAACCCGUCGGUUCAUUGUACAGCUUUUGGACAAAAAGUACCCUCUUGUGAAGCCAGUGGUGACUCCCCGCUUCGCUCUAUCCUGCACAGGUGCUUUGCUAGGACAGCUGGGAGAAAUCGCUAAGAAUAACAAUCUGCACAUUCAGAGUCAUGUCAGUGAAAACCUUGAAGAAGUGCAGCUUGUGAAGGAGCUGUUUCCUGAGUCAUCGUCUUACACGGACGUCUAUCACAAACACAACCUUCUAACUAACAAGACGGUGAUGGCCCAUGGCUGCCACCUCAGUGAUGAAGAAUUGGCUUUGUUCAGAGAGACUGGAGCCUCUUUGUCUCACUGUCCCAAUUCCAACAUUUCGUUGUUUAGUGGAAUGUUGAACGUCCGCAACGUCCUGAAACACAAAGUGAAGUUGGGGCUGGGAACAGAUGUGGCAGGUGGCUACUCGGCCUCUAUGCUGGAUGCUGUGAGGAGAACACUGGACACGUCCAAAAUCUUGAAAAUCCAGGACAAAGAACAAGACACGCUCACCUUUGAGGAGGCAUUCAGACUGGCCACACUGGGCGGCAGCCAAGCCUUGUCCCUGGAUGAACAAAUAGGGAACUUUGAAGUGGGCAAAGACUUUGAUGCCCUGAGGGUGAAUGUAGCUGCUCCUGGUGGACCCAUCGACCUGACCCAGUGUGAUGGACCAAAGAUUCUUUUGGAGAAGUUCUUGAAUUUGGGUGAUGAUCGCAACAUACUGGAGGUUUUUGUGGCCGGGAAGAAGGUGGUGCCCUUCACAGAGCCAACGCCACAAUAAACGCCUAACACUCACGGCCUAAACCCUCUGGCAAAGUCAGCUUGAAGAGGAUUUUAACUGCUUUGGUAGAGCUGAGCUUGAAUUCAAUCUGUCCUUUCUUUAAUGGUAAUUACUAGGUUUUAAAACAGGAAUAAGAAGCUUCAGCGUAGCUUAUUGCUUGACCUUUACAAAACAUAUUCAUGUACCAGCACUUGCUGACUAACAAGGCAUUUGUCAUGUCCUCUUAGUUAAAGUACACAGUGUUGUAGACUUGUUUUUUUUUUACUUAAACAGCUUACUUCAACUAACAAAUGAUGAACUGAUGCUGGCAGCUAGUGUGUUAACUGCAACAUAUUUUCCUUGCAAGACCAUAAAGUAACUUUGUGCUGGUUACGUAAAGCUGCUCAGUGUAGCUGAAGUGCCUGACCUGAGAAAAUACAGUGGCUUGAUGAUCCCAUGUUCAUGUUUGUUCUAGCUCAUGCUAGAAAAUGCUUUGUGAUAAGAAGACUGGGACUGAUUUGAGUUAUUGUCAUUCUGUUUUUAUACUGCACACUCCACUCAGGUGUUUUGUGUGAAAAAAGGCUCUUGACUUAGUUUCAAGUUGACUCCUUUAGUUUAUUUGUUUGUUUGUGUACAUCAGAUUGCAGCGCUCAGUGUGGUGAAACUAGGGACUCACGAUACAAACUUAAAAGGUUGCGAUUUCAGCGUUCUCUGUAGCCUACUUGUACAUUUUAUUUUAACAUUUUGCAAUGCCACUAUUUGUCUGGUUUACCUCAAAAUCCACAUCCUGAUCUGACUCAGUUAAAAGGGAAAUUGCACUUAACCUGAUGCCUUUUCAGAAUCAGACUUACCUAGAUUUGCUCAAUUCAAAUGUUUUAUGACUGUGAAUGUUGAUUUUAAGGGACAUCCUAAUUAAAUGUAGGUAUGUAUUUAUAUUGCUAUAAAAACUCUCAUGAAUGUUGGAAAAUAAAGGGAAAUUAAAUUGACCAAUAAAUUAGUAAAUUAAAAUAUGUUUAAGAGAAGUUUACAAGUUUACAACAUUUUAUAUGUUAAAGUCACACUUUGUACUCUAGCAGAUUAAAAUAAAUAACACCAUCAA